GGAAGAGAAACCACACGGCGGAAGUGUUCUAUUUGUCGAAGCCAUGAUUCCGUCUCUUCGUAUCGCCACACGUGGCAGUAUACGUUCGUUCUCAACGGUCCGUCCGUGUCUACAAGCACAACCGCCAACGAAUUCCAACUCAUCGUCGAUACCAUCUGAGGAGAAGAAUCAACAUUUGGAGUUCUUGAAGAAGUACUACCCAGCUGAGCUCGUUGAGAGUAUCAAGUUGGCGGAGACCUUUGUGGAUCCAACUCACUAUAAGGAUAGAAAGAUUGCACAGACGGAGUUUGCCCCACCGUAUCUCGAUGACUUCUCCAAGAGACAUCCAUUCUGGGAUACUCUGAAAGUUGAUGAGCCAUGGAAGUUGGACUAUAACUAUCCAUUGCAGCCAUCUCCUGUUGAUAUUCCAAAGGGCUCGACCCUUGAGGAUGCUGGUACGGGUUCUGUCUCGAAGGGCCUUGCCGCUUUGACUGGGCUGGAUGAGAGAUACAUCGAACGUCUUGCGUCACGUCCUCUGAUCAUGAAGAGAGUCUCCAAUCAGACUGCAAAGGGUAAGAUUCCAACCAACUACGCGCUUGUUGUUGUUGGUGAUAGAAACGGUAUGGUUGGUAUCGGCGAAGGUAAAGACCGUGUUGAAAUGUCACGUGCGGUUUCCAAAGCUCACUGGAACGCUGUUAAGAACUUACAGUUUGUUCCAAGAUACGAGGAUCGUACCAUUCUUGGUGAUAUUGACUAUGUUUACCACGGUUGUAAGAUCUUUUUGAGAUCCGGAUCGCCUGGUUUUGGUCUUCGUGUUAACCACUACAUCUUUGAGAUCUGUGAAGUUGCCGGUAUCAAGGAUCUCAGUGGUAAGAUCUACAAGUCCAGAAACGGAAUGAACGUUUGUAAGGGAUUUGUCGAGGCACUCACAAAGCAAAAGACCCUCGAAGAGAUGUCCUUCGACCGUGGUAAGAAGAUUGUCGACAUGAGAAAGACAUAUUAUUCUGCCUAAGGCUCAGGAGGUAACCUUGUAAAUAGACGAUUAAAUCUACACAUAUUUUCAUAUCAUUC